AGCAAAAGCCAUGAAAAAAGCGCUUGGAUCCGGUUGUAGAGAGAGAGAAGUGUGGGACUGCUAACGAAAGCCUCGCUCCUCCUGGUUGUGGUGAUGGCGGAGGCCGGCGGUUGCGUUGGUGUGGACAUGGGGGCUUGAGAUUGCAUAUGAGGAGGCGAUUGUGGGUUUCGAGCUAGCUGAAUCGGAGAGCAUGGUCGGCGAUUUCUAGUUUGGCCAUGUUUCUCCGGCUCUAAUCUCUCUCUAUCGCAGGCGUUUCUCCUUUGGUUUGUGCUAUUGCGGCUGAUUUCUGGACUGGGGGCUUCCGAGCCGGUUUCUCCUUCCACCGAUCUGGUGGAGUUUGUUCAAAGAAAUAAUUGUUAUGCUCCAUCGAGAUGGUUCUCAAAACCAUUGUACGCGAAUUGAAGGAGAUUACAGAUGUAAUUGGAAGCAAAUCAAAACGAAGGUUUGAGAGGAAGACUUGGAGUGGCCGUACAAAGUCAUAUAUAGUGCCUGAUGAAGAACUACUACCCUAUGUAGAAUCAAUAGAGCAGGGGCAGUGGGUGAACCUCCCACCGGAAUUGCUUCUGGACAUUAUUCAAAGGGUAGAAGAGAGUGAGACCUCAUGGCCUGCUCGUGCUGUUGUUACAUUUUGUGCUUCAGUUUGUAGGUCCUGGAGGGAAAUUACAAAGGAGAUUGUUCUGACUCCAGAGCAAUGUGGAAAGAUAACCUUUCCCAUCUCAUUAAAACAGCCGGGUCCUCGUGAGUCUCCCAUACAGUGCUUUAUCAGGAGAGAUAGAACUACCUCCACUUAUUAUUUGUACUUAGGUCUUGUGCCUUCUGAAGCCGAGAAUGAUAAACUGUUGUUGGCUGCCAGAAAGAUCAGGAAGCAAGCGCGUACAGAGUUUGUGAUUUCGUUGGUCUCUGACAAUUUUUCACGGGCCAGCAACACAUAUAUUGGUAAAUUAAGGUCUAACUUAUUGGGUACCAAGUUCACCAUAUAUGACAGCCAGCCUCCAUGUGAAACAGCAAUGCAAACGACUAGCCGCACAAACCGCAGGAUCAAGACUAAGCAGGUGUCUCCAAGAGUUCCGGCAUGUAACUACACUGUAGGCUCUAUCUCAUAUGAACUAAAUGUUUUGCGGACAAGAGGACCUAGAAGAAUGAAUUGCGUCAUGCACUCUAUUCCUAUGUCUUCUAUCGAAGAGGGGGGCACUGCACCAACACCAAUGUUUUUUUCACAAUCAUUUGAUGAACAUGUUCCCUCCUUACCAGGCUCAAAAGUAAAGGAAUCAAUCACAGAUAUCAAAUCUGUAAGCUUGUUGGGGUCACCAGUGGUGGUUCAGCGCUCAGUUGAGCCUCUAAUCCUUAAAAAUAAGGCUCCUAGAUGGCAUGAGCAACUGCAGUGCUGGUGCCUAAAUUUCAAAGGACGUGUUACUGUGGCUUCUGUAAAGAAUUUCCAGCUUGGGGCUGCUGUUGAGCCAUCCCACAAUGUGCCUGCUGCGGAACAAGAAAAGGUAAUCUUACAAUUUGGUAAAAUUGGAAAAGAUAUCUUCACCAUGGAUUACCAUUACCCACUUUCAGCAUUCCAAGCCUUCGCAAUCUGCCUUAGCAGCUUUGAUACCAAACCAGCCUGUGAAUGAUAACCAAGUUCCAAGAGAUCCUAUCGGGGUGUGUUGAUUUGCUUCCUCGCUUCUAUGUAAAUGAGUACACGGCCAUCUACUGACAUUUGUGGCCGUUCUGUGGGUAGUUCGUUUUAUGAUCUUGGAAUUGCUUGUAUGUUGCCUUAUCAUAUUGGCACUAUAUUUAUCUUUUAGAACUAUGAAAUUCCAAGCCGUAGUUCCAGUGUUGACUUCCCUGCUCCCAAUUGUUAUCCUAACAUGUUAGUUCUCA